CUUCACAGAAGCUGGAUUUUCUACCUUUUCGGAUAAAGAACUUGUCGACAGGCCCACCAGGAAUCCUCUGAGGCGCGAAGCAUUUGGAGUCCCCGCCUUGUGUUGCUGGGUGUCUGUUCUGAGCGGCCGUUACUGUCGAUGGAUUUUACCAAGAUGUCCAGCAAGGCCGCCCUCCGGCGAGGCAGUGAGCGGCAGCAGCGCUGGCCUCGGCACCGGGAGAGGCUGCACGUCCCGUCCCUCUGUGCUGAAUGGCUGCGAUGGCGCCCGCUCUCACUGACGCAGCAGCCGAAGCUCAUCACAUCCGAUUCAAGCUGGCUCCGCCGUCCUCCACCCUGUCGCCUGGCAGUGCCGAGAGCAACGGCAACGCCAACAACAUCCUCCUGGCUGCCAACGGCACCAAAAGGAAAGCCAUUGCUCCGGAGGAUCCCAGUUUAGAUUUCAGAAACAAYUCCACGAAGGAGGAGCUGGGCAAGCUGCAGCCGCUAGUGGCCUCUUAUCUCUGCUCGGAUGUAACAUCUGUUCCUUCAAAAGAACCUCUGAAGCUGCAAGGAGUCUUCAACAAGCAGACAGUCCUGAAAUCUCACUCUCUUUUAUCUCAGUCCUUCUUGAAAACGAGUGAUCUGUUGGGGAGGCAACCAGUGUUGGAAUUUACUUUGGAGAAUCUCAAACCAAUGAGUGCUAAUAGCCAGCCACCUGUCCCGCAAGCACCCGUAAAUGGCUUGGCCAAGAAAUUGGCCAAAAGUACUAAUCCAGACCAUGAAAACUCUAGUUCUCUGAAUGGUGGGAAGUGUGCUCCCCCUUCUGCUGCCCUCCAGGGGGUCGACUGUCAUGCAGGAGCCUCUGACCUGGGGGACUUGAAGACCGCGUUGACCAAUUGCACUCUUCCACGCAGAAGCCUUGCCGCAGAGCACCCGACUCCGUUUAGCAAUAAUAGCACAGCAAACAAAUCUACCCCAAAUUCCAUGGAGCAGCAGCGGGUGCUCGAGGGUGGCAGCGGGGAGGCGAGGUUGUCCGGUGUCAAUAGUCGCUCUGACUUUGGGAGCAGUAAGUUGGAGGAGCAGAAACCUUCCCCCUUGGCCGGUCACCACAGUGCUCUUGACUCCGAGAUGAGGACGAGGGCGCUGCUGCGACGGCAGGUGGAUAUUGAGAGCCGCGCUCGCAGGCUGCAGAAACGCUUGCAGGUGGUGCAGGCCAAGCAGGUGGAGAGACACAUUCAGCAGCAGUUGGGGGGCUUCUUGGAGAAAACUCUGAGCAAGCUUCCGACCUUGGACCCCCUGAGGCAUCGGAGCCAGCUGAUGUUGACCAGGAAGGCGGAAGCAGCCUUGAGGAAAGCGGCAAGCGAGACAGCUGCUUCAGAAGGCCUAAGYAGCUUUCUGAAGAGUGACUCGGUGUCAGAAGAACUGGAGAGGUUCACGGCCAGUGGAAUGGCCAACUUGAGAUGCAGCGAGCAGGCGUUUGACUCCGAUGUCACUGACAGCAGCUCGGGAGGAGAGUCUGACAUUGAGGAAGAAGAACUGACCAAAGCAGACCCAGAGCAACCCCACGUACCACUGAGACGAAGGGCAGAGUGGAGAUGGGCAGCAGACCGUGCAGCCAUCGUCAGCCGUUGGAAUUGGCUCCAAGCCCAUGUCUCCGACCUGGAAUACCGAAUCCGGCAGCAAACGGAUAUUUACAAGCAGAUAAGAGCCAAUAAGGGGCUAAUAGUUCUYGGUGAAGCGUCGCCCCCUGAUCCUGCGGUAGAUGAGGCGUCCCGUCCUGUUAGUACUGAAGUUAAGCUGGAGCCUGGGGCUGACCGGCUGGGUGUUUCUGGAUCCCAGCCAUUGGAGAACCUGGGCGUUUCUGCUGCAAAUAUUCCUGAAUCCCAUCCUGCCAAGCCCUGCGGAGCACCGAGACCCGUCAAUGGAGUUAUUAACACUCUUCAGUCUGGCUUGGCAGAACAUACUCAGGGAGACGGCCCGGAAGCUGAGGAGCUCUUGCAUAAAAAGCAACGACUGAACCUGGUUUCCUCGUCUUUUGACGGGACAUGCGUAGCAGCUCGCACGCGCCCCGUCCUGAGCUGUAAGAAGCGACGGCUUGUUCGACCCAGCAGCAUUAUGCCUCUGUCCAAAAAGAUCCAUCGUAAUAGCCUGGCACGAUGUAGCUGCGACGUGAACCCUUCCUGCGCCCUGUGCGGCACGCGGAGCUCCACAACCCUGGAAAUCCAGUACGAUGCCCCUUUGCUGGAGCGGCUCUCCCAGCUGGACUCGUGUAUUCACCCUGUCCUCUCAUUCCCUGAUGAUGUGCCGACAAGCCUCCACUUCCAGAGCAUGUUGAAAUCACAGUGGCAGAACAAACCCUAUGAGAAAAUUAAAGCUCCCAAAAAGCUCUCGCUCAAGCACAGAGCCCCCAUGGCGACCAGCAGCCUGUCUGACCCUGCUCGCAAGGAUCGUCACAAGCUGGUGAACUCAUUCUUCACUGCAGCCAAGCGCUCACAUCAAAAAAUCCAACCAGACAAGGCACACAGGCCACCCUUAGACGAUUUUACGGCCGUGUCCAAGGCCGAGAGAGCGCCAGAGCGCUCGCUUGUCCAGCCUCCUGCCUAUGACAAAAAGCGAUUGCGAGACUGCUCAUCUGAGAGGAGUGAAGUGUUGAAGCAUCACGCAGACAUCGGCGGCCCGAGCUACUUGUCAGCAGCUGCGACCCCCACGCCCCAUAGCCCUGUAGCACGACAACUGUCCUCGGAAAGCUCUGCCUCUGCCAGUACGAGUUCACAGGGCCCCUCCAACACAGCUCAGCCRAGGAGGAGGAGAGGCGAAAGCUCCUUUGACAUCAAUAAUAUCGUCAUCCCGAUGUCUGUCGCCGCAACAACUCGCGUCGAGAAGCUGCAGUAUAAAGAGAUCCUCACACCCAGCUGGCGCGAAGUCGACAUCAGCGCUUUGAAGGCCAACCCUGAUGAAGACAGCGAGGAGGUGGAGGACCUGUCCGACGCGGCCUUCGCCGCCCGGCACAGCAAGUGCGAGGAGAUGGAGCGGGCGCGGUGGCUGUGGAGCACCAGCGUGCCGCCCCAGCGGCGCGGCAGCAGGUCUUACAGAUCAACGGACGGACGGACGACCCCUCAGCUGGGGAACCCCUCAACGCCGCAGCCGGCGUCCCCGGACGUGGGCGGCUGCCCCGCGCCCGCGGAGCUCGCGCACACGUAUUCCCCGCGCAGCCCCAUCAGCCCCGAGCUGCUCUCCGCGCCCCUCACGCCCCUGUCGCGGGACGUGCGGCUCCUGUCCAGCGAGGACACCCGCUGCUCCACGCCYGAGGCCGGCCUCGACGAGCAGGCCGUGCAGCCCUGGGAGCGACGCACCUUCCCGCUGCCGUACGAUCCCAGGACAGAGUGCGAGGACCAAUGUGACCCCCAGGACCGGUCGUCGCGCUGCACCCGCCGCACGUCGGGCAGCAAAUCCUCCCGGGAGCCCGAGGGCCCCUCAGCCUCGUGCACCACAGCCGCCCUCAAGAGCCGGCACCCGCUGGCCGCCCCCUCUGCCUCCUGCUCUGCCGCGGUGCCGCGGCCGGCGCACAGAUAGAGACGCACGGCGAGACAGGAGCAAAACCAACACACAGAACUAACUUGGCAUUAAAGCUUCCA